UGGAGUCUGAGGUCGAUAUAUACUUACCGCUGCUAUCCAUCGGUGACUGGGUAGGAAACGCACUGAACGUUACUGAAACUGCGAUGGCUGGCCUCUCGUCACCUUCGUUCCGCACCCCUCCCCGCUCUGACCCCGCCUCGCCGUCGCCGCUGUACCGCUCCUCACUUCCUCCGCCGCGUCCGCCGACUUUUGACGCUGAUCUGCUGAAGAACUAUACGAAGGCGCUGCUGCCUGCAACCCUGCAAUCUGUCGGCUCAUGGGAUCCGAAGGACAAGGAUCGCGUCAAGGGGUGGACAAAAGAGAUUGGUGACCGCGUCAAGACGAGGAUGCUGGAGAUUCAACCCAGUGGAUUUAAAUACAUUGUGCUGACGCAAAUCAACGAGAAUUUAGGGCAAGGCGGCCGGCGAGUGGUGUUGGCUCACUGGCCCUGGAAUGACCUAAUAUGUACUGUAGGGCUGAUAUGGCGUGUCAUUGGGAAGAAGCCGACGUGGUCAUUCAAGAGAUGUUCGCUAAUGACGCCCUGAUUUGUAUCUGUAUCGCUUUUGCCAUCCGCAUCUCAUGAGUCACGGUCGACGUUCCCCCGCUCCUGUAUCGAUAUCAUCACGACUACUACUACUAGCAUACCUCGUCAUCUGCCACCGGAGAUAGGAUACCCAGGACGAAGGAUGUAAUCACGCAUGAAUAA